CAGAAAGCUUCGGGACAUCGAUAUGAAAAAGUAACUCGUCAUGCCUCCUCGAAUAUCGGUUCCUUUGCGCUUUAGCGUGUCGAAAUUAUGUCUGCGACCAGCACCAAGUCCCUCGAAUCCCCAACUACCCAUCAUCCCAGUCGCCAAUCUGGUAACAAUGGCACAGCGGAGGAAAUAUAAAGAUCCAUAUGCUUUAGCACAGGCGAAACAAAGGAAGGAUGCCAAUACAUCACGGCAAGCUGAGCUUCAAAAACAACGGAAAGAAGCAUUAGGAGAUCCUGUCCGAGGAAUCACCACAGAAUUCGUACAAUCCUUUGACAAUGUUGGUGGCUCAGCAGUUCUCCAGGAGGUCACUUCUACCGAAAACCCUUCAGAAGGCGUACGAAUCACUUCUGCAGAUGAUGUUCUUCUGAAUCACUUCCUCAAACCUUCUGAAUUAGAAGCAUCCAUCAGGCAUUCUCAGCUUCUGACAGAACCCGUUAUCGACAAGGUUAGAGAUUCGGCAGAUCCUGCACUGGAAGCGGCAGCAAAGAAGAAGCAUGAAGAAGGUCACAAGAAUGCUACGGCAGCAUUGGCAAGGAUUGUCAGUCUGGCAAAUGCAAGUCAGAAGGAUAAGACGCGAGCGAACAUUAUGCGGUGUAUAGAUAUUUUUGGACGACACAAGACGGACUCUACUCUGAGACCUCGAGCUCCAACAAAUCCAUUGAUUCUGGGAGACAAGCCGUUGCCAGAGAAGACACCAAGAGCAGGACCAGACACUGGGAGCUCCGAAGUGCAAAUUGCGAUAUUGACAGCAAAGAUUCGAGUUCUUGCAGAUCAACUAGAUACGAGAGGAGGCAAGAAGGAUAAGGUCAACAAGAGGAACUUGAGGAUUAUGGUCCACAAGAGACAAAAGUUGUUAAGAUACCUACGGACAAAGGAACGCGGGGGUGAUAGAUGGCAGCAUGUGACCAACACUUUGGGAUUGAGCGAAGGGACGUGGAAGGGCGAAAUCAGCCUGUAAGCUUAUGUACACCACAGGCCAUUAAGGCAUGUAUUAUAGAGGAUAUGAAGAGUACGAAGCACUUUGUAAACCAUGUCCAUAAUCUCCCUGCGCCUCCCACCUAUGAUAACAACUACAAACCAUGAGCAGAAGCAUGUCGCUGAGGUUGAACAUAAGGGACUAUCAAAACAUGCUGAGAAUUUAGAAUACACUAAUGUAGUUGCCAAUGCGCUCCUUCUGGUUUUGAGCUAUGCACUCAGCAAUCCAUGUGAUGUUUCGAAUCUCCUGUUCCCGUAGUUUAACCCAAGCAUAGACAAUAGCGAAUGUGAAUUGUCUUGUGAAGGCACCCUUCGAGAUCUCCAUCUCCUUUUGAUAGAACAAAUCUUCCAAGCUCUUCCCAUCUGAUCCAGCCCCUCCA